UGAGCAGUUGGGCUGUUUAACGUCAGAGGCAUCACAUCCCGGAAAAAGUAUGGCAAAGACAUCACAGAAACACGCCGCGGAUCCCAACAGCGUGGAAAGCUGUGCCAUUUGUCUGGACAAAAUUCACGACAAAAGGACAUUAGAUUGUCUUCAUUCAUACUGCUCAGACUGCAUCGACACUGCCUUUAGGUUGAAACCGGCGUGUCCGAUUUGUAACACGUACUACGGAGUGUACACGGGUACACAACCGGAAGGCACCAUGGAGGUGAUUCGCUGCCGGCGUGGCCUACCAGGCUAUGAGAAAUGUGACUCGAUUGUUAUUUCUUACACUUUCAAGGCCGGCAUCCAAGGGCCGGGACACCCAAACCCUGGCAUGAGGUACAGUGGGACAAGUCGAAGGGCUUUCCUGCCAGCCUGUGACGAGGGAGAAAAAGUUCUCAGGCUCCUGAGGAAAGCUUUCGACAGGAGGCUUCUCUUCACCAUCGGGCAGUCAAACACCACUGGCCUCAACAAUGUCAUCACCUGGAAUGACAUUCAUCAUAAAACCAGCACAUGGGGUGGUCCAGAGUGUUUUGGAUACCCAGAUCCAGAUUACUUGAACAGAGUUCAAGAGGAGCUCCGUCUUAAAGGGGUGACCGAGGAUUGACUCCACAGCCGGUUCAAGCACACGUCGCUGUUAUGUAAUACACUGUAGUUCAUUGUUCUAUUUUUGCAGUUAAAGGUUGUUCUAAGUCUUAAAGCAGAGGUAAUGUAUUAGUCGCCUCAGUUUGUUAUUUUUUCCAAAUCUAAUUUAUGUACUUGACCAGACGGGUACGCUCUUUUAAAACUUUGUGGUGACCGCUUCAACAACUGGAUGUCAUCACAAGUCCAUGGUCUUGCAGCCACUCCCAAACCUUCAUAUCUGCUUGCUUCAAAGUCAGUGAUCAUCCAUCUAGUUUCCAUGGUGAUCAGGACAGGGAUGAUUAGGUGUGGAUCGUAGUUUUGCUCACAGGCGGGUUCAAAGACUAUCCUGUUUGCUUUAGUUGUGUAUUUGUUCAACUGCAAGGACGACUAAGCGAGGUGAAAGUGGAGUUAAGUUAUUAGACAAAAUAAAAAUGGCUUAAGGGAAAUUGCAAAGGGACAGCAAAAACAUAGGCAGGCUGGACAGACCACUGGGUGGAACCAGUGAGGUUGCAUAAAUACGGAAAAUACUACACCGUCAGUACUGUCUUGUCUCAAUGUAUGUAAGAUCAGCUGUAUUACUUGUUUAUAUUCCGUAAAACUUUUACAAGUAUUUAAUAUAUCAAUUUGAAUUGAAGACUGUUAUGGUUACCACUUUUUUUUACGAAGGGGAAAAUAUUGCGUCUUUUUGAAGGUGGCAUUUUCUUGUCUUGAUAAUGACAUGACAUAAUAUGUCAUGGAAGGACACUUUAUUGACAUGCUACUCUCAAUUAUUAUCCCAAUGCAGGGGCGGCCAAAAUCUGGCCAGUUUACACUUGUUUUUUUAUUGGACCCUCAAAUAUAUUGUUAGAUACUUGACUUGUCACUUAUAAUUUAGAAUGAACAAUAUUGACCUGCAGUGGAUUUAUUUGUACAUAACUAUUGCACAAAUUGUAUCAAACUGACCGGCUGCAGCUUUCUUUUUCUUAGGGCAGCCCUCGGUUUGGACGCCUCUGACCUGAAUUUGAAAGUAGUUUGUCUACAGCAGUUUGCGCACAUGCUGAAAUGACAAGCUGUUGCAUAUUGUUCCAUAUGUUCCCUAUUAGUAAAUGCACGGAAGUGGUCAACAUGUUAAGAUUCAGGAUGUGUCUUUAUUAUAUUUUGCACGUAUAAGCCAUUCAGGGUGUUGUUUAUGACGGCGGUAUUGUAUUUUGCACAAAAUAAAGCAGAUAUAACCUA